AUGGAUAACAAGAUUUUCUUAUCUGUAUUUAACAAUGUAGUUUUAUUUAGAUAUAUAUUUGAAAAAGUUAGAUAUAUUCAUAGUAAAAAACAAAUCACAACAAAACAAUGGAAAUCAGUCUCAAAGUCACCUAAAUUUCUACUCUCCUAUGGAUAUCUAGAAGAUCUGAAGAGACUGUUGGAUUCAGAGGAUCAUUUUUGUAGUUUUUCAACGAUUGAAUAUCACUUGGGAUAUGCAGCUGGUCACCUCCAAACAAUUCAGUAUUUGCACUUGAAGUUUGCUAAAAAUAAAUGGCCUAAACAAUUUAUCAUAAAAGCAGCAACUGUUGGUUGCUUUGAAGUGGUAAAGUUUGUGGUAGAGAAUAGAAAAGAACAAGAGCAUGAUAUUGCUGGUGCUCUGGUUGCUGCAUGUAUCAAUAAUAGUUUGGAGAUUGCCGAGUACCUCUAUCCAAUGAUAACUAUAAUCGAUCACAUGGAACUUGAGCGAUCUGUAAUUACAGUGGCUGAACGUGGUCAUUUGAAUAUCAUUAAAUAUCUUUAUCAACUUGGACAUGUAAAGCAAUUAGCGAAAACAGUUGAAGUGGCAUCGGUUAAAAAUCACUUUGACAUUGUUAGGUACAUCGACAGUAUGGAAACAGAUUCAAAGAGAUUCAAAUUCACACCGAAAACACUCAAUAUGUUUGCAAGAUAUGGUGAAUUCGAACUGCUAAAGAAGAUACCGCAACACAAUUGUUUGGAUCAAUCAGUUGAUUAUGCAGCUGGUUCCAAUAGAUUGGAGAUGGUGCAGUGGUUAACAGAGAAUAAGAGAGGUGGUUGCACUAAUAGAGCUAUUGAUCUGGCAGCGGAGCGUGGUUAUUUCAAAGUGAUACGUUACUUGCAUGAGAAUCGUAGUGAAGGAUGUUCUCCAAUGGCAAUGGACGAAGCAGCAAAAGGAAAUCAUAUGGAAAUUGUAAAGUUCUUGCAUGAAAAUAGAAGUGAAGGAUGUACUGUCAAUGCUAUUAGUAAUGCUGCGAAAUAUGGUCAUUUCGAGAUGAUACGAUUCUUAGUUGAAAAUAGAACAGAACGAUUUUCUUCGAAAGCAGUAAAUCGAGCGGCAUCUAAAGGACAUUUUGAGAUUGUAAAGUAUCUCUACAAUCUUCAACCAGAGAAAUGUAAUUCAUUGGCAGUGUUGGUGGCAGCAGCUAAAGGCGGACACACCGAGAUUGUAAAGUAUUUUUUCGGCAAGAUAUCACAAUUCAAUCGAUCGAUCAAAGAAGUAUUGAGCUGUGAUAAUAAGGAGAUCAACCAAUUCUUAUUCAGAGAGAAUCAAGUGAAUUUCGUAAUCUCGCCAAAUGACAUUGAUACUCUUAUUAUACACAAUUGUUUGGAUGGAAUCAAAUUAAUACAUGAAAGGAAACCAUUAGCAUUCGAUGGAAAUUCAAUUAUUAUUGCAAUCUCUCAUAAACGACUGGCAAUACUUCAAUUCCUCUAUGAGAAUUGUCCUCAAAUUAAGUAUUAUCGAUCAACACUGAGGAUUGCUCUCUUGACCAACGAUUUGGAUAUUGUUAGAUUUGUUUUAUCAAUGAAUGUCAAUGUUAUUCAGAAUGUAAACACAGUCGAUAGGAUUAAAGAACUUCACGAUAUUUUCAAUACACAAUUACAUGGUCCUAAUUUUGCUAGCGGAGCCAUGGAGUUGGUGGUCAAGAAAUAUUAUGAACAAAUGAAAACAAUCAAUUACAAUGGUUCCACUAACCCUAGAUUUGUUGUGUGGUUUCAUCAGAUGGGUAUUAACCACCUGCUAAAAAGCAAUACACUCUAUAAUGCUGUAGUUUUGGGAGAGCUUGACAUUGUUAAAUAUAUAUAUGAGAACCGUUCAGAGUACACAAAGUUCGAUCACAUCGAGAAUCAUGAAGUAUUGGCAGCUGCUACAGUACACUUUCCUGUUUUUCAAUACUUGUAUCCGAAAUGCAACAGUAACUAUGACUUUUAUCACGUACUAAAGGUGGCUGCUACCAAAGGUGCACUGAAAGUUAUUAAGUUUUUCCACACACAACAUCCAGUCAAUAUAUUCUCAUCUACGAUUAUGGAUUUAGCAGCAAAUAGAGGUCACGCAGAUAUCGUCAAGUUUCUCCACUAUAAUAGAACAGAAGGUUGCUCCCACCAUGCAAUGGAUGGUGCCUCGUUCUUUGGUUCGUUGGAGCUUGUUAGAUUUUUGCAUGAAAAUAGAAGUGAAGGUUGUAGUACUCUGGCUCUUGACUAUGCUAUUCAAUAUAAUAGAGUUGAACUGAUUGAAUAUCUCAAAGCCAACAGAACUGAAGGAUUCACAAGUAAGAAGAUCGUAAGAUUCUCUGUUCAUUGUUAA